GGAGUGCCUGGGGACGCAGUUCCGGGAGUGCCUGGGGGCGGAGUUCCGGGAGUGCCUGGGGACGCAGUUCCGGGAGUGCCUGGGGGCGGGGUUCUGGGAGUGGCCUCAGUUCCGGUUCCGGUAGGAGGCCCGCCUCUCACCCGGCAAAGAGCUCAGCGGGAACUGUCUGUCGCAGCCCCCGACUCCACUAUUAAGACCUUGCCCUUACGGGCCGCUGGACCCCCGGAUGCGAAUGGCAACCAGCCCCAUAUCUAUUGGCCUUUCUCAACUAGCGAUUUGUAUAACUGGAAGGCACAGAACCCUAAGUUCUCUGAAAAGCCGGGGAGACUUAUUGACUUGCUAGAUUCUGUUCUUUUCACCCAUCAGCCCACAUGGGACGACUGUCAGCAGCUUUUACAGGUUCUGUUCACAACGGAAGAGAGAGAAAGGAUCCUCAAUGAGGCCCGGAAGAUGGUUCCUGGUGUGGACGGAAAUCCAACCACAAACCAGGCCCAGAUAGAUGCCUCUUUCCCUUUAACUAGGCCUGAAUGGGAUUUCAACACGGCAGAAGGUAAGGAGAGGCUCUCGGUCUACCGUCAGACUCUAAUGGGGGGUCUCCGUAGGGCUGCUAGGAAGCCCACCAAUUUGACCAAGGUAGGGAACGUACAGCAGGGAAGAGAUGAGUCUCCAGCUGCCUUUCUAGAACGGAUCAUGGAGGCAUAUCGCACCUACACCCCCAUGGAUCCAGAAGCCCCUGAGAAUAAGGCAGCUGUAAUCAUGAGUUUUAUAAACCAGUCAGCCAUGGACAUUAGAAAAAAACUGCAGAGAAUAGAUAGAUUAGGAGAAAAAAGUUUACAGGAUUUACUGGCAGUGGCAGAGAAGGUGUUCAAUAACCGAGAGUCCCCUGAGGAUAGACGAGCCCGCGCCAUGGUGGCUGCCAGUGACAAGCAGACCCGAAACCUGGCCAAGAUUCUGCUAGCCACCACCACGGAGUCCCCUGAGGAGCGAACCCGCCGCCUUCGCCAGCUUGCUGAUGGCCAAGAAAGAGUACGUAGAUGACAUCCUGAUUGCUGCCGAUACCGCCAAAGAUUGUGAACAAGGGACCAAAGAUCUGCUGGCCACCCUAGGGACCUUAGGGUACCGGGCCUCUGCGAAGAAGGCUCAGAUAUGCCAAAAGAGGGUGAGUUACCUGGGGUACAUACUGGAGGGCGGACAGCGGCGGUUGUCAGAUGCUAGAAAAGAGACAGUCUUGAAAAUCCCUGCUCCCACCUCCCGGAGGGAGGUGAGGGAGUUCCUAGGAUCGGCUGGCUAUUGCCGCCUCUGGAUACCAAGUUUUGCUGAGAUCGCCAGGCCCCUAUAUGAAGCCACCAAGGAGGGGAAGGCCUUUAAAUGGACUGAGACAGAAGAAAUGGCCUUUAAUCAGAUAAAGAAAGCUCUUUUGGCUACUCCAGCCCUGGGCCUACCAGACAUUACAAAACCCUUUCGCCUCUUUGUAGAUGAGCGCAAAGGAGUGGCAAAAGGGGUUUUAACCCAGGCUUUAGGCCCCUGGAGUCGCCCAGUGGCAUAUUUGUCUAAAAAGCUGGAUCCUGUAGCCGCUGGCUGGCCACCGUGCCUAAGAAUCAUUGCAGCAACCGCGCUCUUAGUCAAGGAUGCUGACAAACUGACCCUGGGGCAGGAGAUCUGGAUCACAACCCCGCAUGCCAUUGAAGGGAUCCUAAAACAGCCUCCUGAUAGAUGGAUGAGCAAUGCUCGCAUGACCCACUAUCAAAGCUUGCUGCUCAACCCCCCUAGAGUGCGGUUCCUUCCCAGUGCGGCCCUCAACCCUGCUACCCUGCUACCUGACCCUGACCUAGAUGCCCCACUACAUGACUGUGCGGGAAUCCUGGAGCAGGUACAUGGACUUCGGAAGGACUUAACCGAUCGGCCCCUCCCGGAUGCAGAGGCCACCUGGUUCACGGAUGGAAGCAGCUUCGUGCGGAACGGGUGCAGUAUUUAUAGAUACCUUCUCUGGCUGGGUAGAAGCAUACCCAACCAAGCGUGAAACAGCUCAGACGGUGGCCAAGAAGCUGCUGGAAGACAUCUUACCCAGGUAUGGUUUUCCUGCUAUGAUAGGAUCCGACAACGGGCCAGCCUUUAUUUCACAGGUAACACAGGUAGUAACCAGGGCUAUUGGGGCAAAUUGGAAACUGCAUUGUGCUUAUAGACCCCAGAGUUCAGGUCAGGUAGAAAGAAUGAAUAGAACUUUAAAAGAGACCCUUACCAAAUUAACCAUGGAGACUGGCGGGGACUGGGUGGCUCUCCUACCGUAUGCCCUUUACCGGGUAAGGAACUCCCCUUACACCCUGGGUUUUACUCCCUAUGAAAUCAUGUUUGGCAGGCCACCCCCUAUCAUUCCUAACCUUAAAGCUGACUUUCUCGCUGAAUUUGAAAAUCAAGAACUAUCUCUUUCCUUAAGAGGGCUCCAGAGGGCACACGAGGACAUUUGGCCACGCCUUCGCGCCAUCUAUGAGACCAGCCCAAUUCCAACUCCUCAUCGACACAGACCAGGAGAUUGGGUCUACGUCAAAAGGCAUCAUCAAGAAACUCUUGAGCCACGUUGGAAGGGUCCCUACACUGUGGUGCUAACGACCCCCACUGCUCUCAAGGUAGACGGCGUCGCGACCUGGAUCCAUCACACUCACGUCCGGUCAGCGGACCCAUCCACGGUCCAAAAAGACUUCAUCACCAAAUGGAACGUCGAAAGAGAUCAACGCAACCCACUGAAGCUCAAGCUACGGCGUGCUCCACCUGCCUGAUGCUGGUGACGUAACUCGCGAUCACUCCUGUCGCCAGGAGCCCCCA